AUGACGUACCAGGCAGUGCCCUCAACACCCUAUGCAGCAUCAGGCAGCGCGCACACCAUCGUGGCGAGCAGUUCAAGCACCAACUCGUACACUGCAGCAAAGCGGGAGACUGACCAGCAAUACUGCGGCCCGGACUGCCGGUGCAAAGAGUCAGGGGUGGAGUGCAAGAUGGUGCCUCAAGAAAUGCCGAGUCCGGCUUUGUCGGCCGCGGACUCGGGAUAUCACGAUUCGUUUUUCGACGCCAGGGAGCGAAACUCGGAAGAUGGUCCAACGUCGGCGGCGGGAGCAGUAGAGGCUGGCAAUAAUAAGGGGAGGAGAGACGACGACAUGGUUAGUGCAACAUCGACAGCACACGAGAAUUACUCGAUGCGCGAAGACGGAGUGCCUUACAUCACCGGACUCAAGCUUGCACUUGUGAUGACGGCCCUUUGUAUGAGUGUGUUCCUUGUAGCGCUCGACAGUGCAAUCAUCGCCGUGGCCAUACCGAAAAUCACCGACGAGUUCAACAGCUUGGGCGAUGUUGGCUGGUACGGGAGCGCAUACCUCCUGACCGUCUCUGCUCUGCAGCUGUUCUUUGGGAAGCUCUACACGUUUUACAGCAUAAAAUGGAUCUACUUCACGGCCAUCGGCCUCUUUGAGCUGGGAUCCCUACUCUGCGGAGCCGCGAGGUCAUCCCUCCUCCUCAUCAUCGGCCGCGCCAUUGCCGGCACGGGCUCGGCGGGGCUCUUCUCCGGCUCUCUCAUCAUCCUCGCCCACUCUGUCCCCAUGUCCCGCCGACCCCUUUACACCGGUAUAUUGGGAUCAAUGUACGGCAUUGCCGUGGUGGCGGGCCCGCUGCUCGGUGGACUCUUCACCGACAAAGCCACCUGGCGCUGGUGCUUCUACAUCAAUCUGCCCUUUGGCGUGCUCAGCGUCUUCGCAAUCGCGUUUUGGUUCCGCGAGCCCGACCGCAGCGGCGAGCCGGCCCGGCAGCAGCAGCUGCAGCAGAAAAAGGGUGAAUGCUGCCCGUGGCGGACCCGCAUCAAGCAGUUCGACCCCUUCGGUACCCUCGUCUUCAUGCCCGCCGUCAUCUCCCUGCUGCUGGCUCUGCAGUGGGCCGGAACAGAAUACAAGUGGAGCGACCCGCGCAUCAUCGCCCUCCUCGCCAUCUUCGGCGUCCUCAUGACCAUCUGGCUGGUGCUGCAGUGGUGGCAAGACGAACAUGCCACCGUGCCGCCGCGCAUCAUCAAGAAGCGCACCGUCUGGGCCGCGUCGAUUUAUGCCUUUAUGGGAGGCGCAGCCUUCCUCAGCUCGAGCUACUACAUCCCCAUCUGGUUCCAGGCCGUGCAGGGCGUGUCGGCCGUCGAGUCGGGCAUCAGAAUCCUGCCGUUCCUCCUGGCGCUCGUGGUUGCGUCCCUCAUCGCGGGGGUGGUCGUCACCAUCUGGGGUUACUAUGCUCCUUUCCUUUGGAUCUCGAGUGUGGUCAUGUCGGUCGGGUUUGGCUUGCUAUCGACGUGGAACCCGCGCACCAAACAACCCAUCUGGAUUGGAUACCAAGUUAUUGCGGGCGCGGGCGUGGGGUUCGGUAUGCAGCAGCCUGUUAUCGCGGUGCAAACGGUGCUCGAUAUCGACGACGUGCCGAUGGGGACGUCGGUCAUUGUGUUUGUGCAGAGCUUGGGAGGCGCUAUCUUCGUCUCGAUUGCCGAGAGCAUCUUUGUCAACAAGCUGGUGGCCUACCUUCAGGCCGUUUUUCCAGGCAUGGACCCCAAGACCAUUUUCACCGCGGGCGCCACGCAACUCCGCAGCGCGAUACCCAAGGAACUCUUGGCUCGGGUCAUCAGGGGUUACAGCGACGCGCUGACCAGGACGCUCCUGAUGAGCGCGGCCCUGGCGGCGGCAAGCGUGUUUGGAAGCCUCGCCAUCGAGUGGAGGAGCGUCAAGGUGAAGGAAAUUAAGCGGGACGUGGCUUGA